GAGGAAAAAACCUCACGAGAGGAGAAGCAGAACAACGACACCAUUGAAAAGAAAUUUACCUUUAAAUUUUUCUCCACGCCUUAUGUCAGCUGGUUUGGAAACGAAAUGAUAUGGUGGUGUAGUCUUGAAUUGUACUUCCAACGUUGAAGUGUAUUGCAACGUCGACUUAACGUCAAAAGCGGUUUGCAACAUUUGCUAACAGCUAAGCUAGCUUAGCUUACAGUGCUAAGCGGUUAACGCCAGGUUAGCUGAUAAAAGUGUUCUGCCGGGUUUAAUGACUUGUGGACCGGGUCGUAGUUCAGUUCAAGUACAGCUUUUCGGGAAGAGCUAAGUACUUAAUAAGUACGUCAGCUAAGAGCAGCAGUAGUUUCCGAGGUGGACCGACAGCAGAGAUGUCCAGUGACCGAGUGCCGGGCUUCGCCUGUUGUGCUGAUGGAGAAAACGCACCGGGACCAGAGUCCUCUUCUGCACGGUCCUGCCGUCACCACGCCGAGUCAGACACAGAUGUUGGCCCCACUGCGAAUUGUUUAGCCCGGCUGUGCAGUAGGAACGAGAGCGAGCGAGCAGGUGACCUGGAGGAGCUGAACCAGUCGGUGCUGUCGUGUUUAGGAGUUGCACGGCCCGGUUCGACACGGCUGAGUAAACAAACAGUUCUUCAACUGGUCCGACUGUCCUGGUCGUGUCCUCUGCAGGAGGUUCGACAGAAGGUAACAGAGCUGCUGCGGACAGCACAGGAGGAACGAGUUGAAGUACCCCGGGUUCUGGCCACUGGUCCAAGUGCUUUUAUCCCUGCAAAAGAGAUACUCAAAGAAGGACCAGACCAGGACAUCUUGAUUGAAUCAUUUCUUUUACUGGGUCGGGUUGACCACGUUAGCAUGUUGAUGGCACUGCACCCUUCCUACCUCAGCUGCUUCCUGAGGACCCAGCAUGCUUUAUUGGAGCUGGAUGGUCCCUUGCCCCGCCACUGGAGACAUUACAUUGCGAUCUUGGCUGCAGCUCGCCACCAGUGCUCUUAUGUGGUGCAGCAGCAUAGUGCAGGAUUCUUGGAGGCUGGAGGGGAUGAGAGUUGGCUGGCCAGCCUGGAGCACGUGCCCACCAAACUACGUAGCCUGCAAACACUCAAUAAGCUGCUGGCACACAGACCCUGGCUCAUCACACAGCACCAUAUCCAGGAGCUGGUCUCUCCCAGAGCAGAGCCAUGUUGGUCGCUGGCUGAGCUAAUUCAUGCAGUGGUCCUGAUGGCCCAUGCUCACUCGCUUUGCUCUUUCGUAUGGGGUUGUGGUAUAAACCCUGAACCCGACCACUUUGGAGGUUACAGUUUCCACCCUCCAUCCCCUAGUCACCCUUCUUGUAGCCCCCACAGCCCUGCACACGAGGAUGGCAGGCAGGAGUUGGUUGAUGGAGCUGUGGAGGUGGAAAUGUUGAUGAAGAAGAUGGUGGAGCUUCAGAAGCAGCAGGAGGAAGAGGAGUGCAGUCAAGAAGAGAUGGUUACUCGCUUUGAGAGGGAGAGGAGCGAGAGCAUACCUACAGCGGUGGUUCUUGCGGCCCCACCUAACCUGGUGCUGCAUCUGGUGGAGGAGCCAGAGUUCCAGUAUGAAGACUUUGCCCCCAGAGGAGAGCAGGCACCACCCACAAUGAGAGCCCAGGACUACUCAUGGGAGGAUCAUGGCUUCUCUCUGGUGAACCGACUGCUGCCAGACAUGGGCCAACUCUUGGAUGAGAAGUUUCAGGUUGUGAGUAACCUGACGUACCACAGGAUGGCAAUGCAUGAAGGUGUGGACACUUACACGCUGAGGAAAGCCCUGUGGAACUACAUCCACUGUGUCUAUGGGAUACGCUAUGAUGAUUAUGAUUAUGGCACAGUGAACGUGUUGUUGGAGCGCUCCCUGAAGGUGUUUGUUAAAACCAUGGCCUGUCAUCCCCAACAAACCACCGCACGCAUUUACCACGCCUUCUGGAGACACUUCAGACACUCUGAAAAGGUACACGCCAGCCUGAUUGUUAUUGAAGCCCGAUUACAAGCAGCACUGCUCUACACGUUACGAGCCAUCACACACUACAUGAGAUGACUUGCUGACUCCCACAGACACGUGCACGCAAACAAACAUGCUUAAUGUCGCAGAUUCUGAGCCAGCUGUGCUGUUACAGCACCCGACAUAAGUCUUGCACACAAACACACACACGUGUACAUACACACUACAAUGAAUGUUUAUAUAUGAAUAUUUUGUGUCAGUGUUAAUGUGUUUUUGCUGCUUUCAAGUUGUGUGAGUUUGCAUAUUUAAAAUGAUAGUUUAUGCACUGAUUUUUUUUUGGGGGGGGGGGGGGGGGGGUCUCUCCACCUGAAAGACAUGUUACUAUCACAUUCAGACAUAUCUACCAAUAGCUUCAGGGUUAAAUUAGGCCUGGCAAAACAAAAUCAUCAUACAAAGAGUUACCUUUGCAGGUGGUGUUGUCUGAUGUCGCUGUGCGUAAAAUGCUUCUUCGCUAAGGUCACUCCUGUAGUCUACAGACUGACACUCAUACCUCUGCACCCAAAGAAGCUGGGAUUUAAAAAGAUACUAUAUAUCUUGUAUUUUUCUAUCCAAUAAAGUUGCUUUAUCAGAAUUAUGAA